AUGCAAAUCCCAUUUAUCACCUAUUUCGCCGAGUACCUUGGAUUCUUCAUCGCCUUCUUUGCAAACCUUACUCUAAUCCAUUUGAUUCUGACAAGAACCCGUCAAAACUUUGGAUCCUACAAGUACCUGAUGCUCUGGUUUGCCUGUUUCUCUCUUUGGUACUCGAUAAUUGAUAUAUUGACUCAACCAGCAAUGCAUUCAUAUCUCAAUAGUUAUAUCGUGUUUUGUGCAAGUUGGUUUAAGUAUGAUCCGUUUUUGGCGCCGAUUAUUAUCAGUGAGUUUUGA